AUGAGAUCUCUUCAUCGUUUCGCAAUUUUGGCCGCCUCGUUUUUUCAAAUUGGCAUCAAUGGAUAUUCAUCACAUCAUGUCCCUCGAACUAUUUGUACUGUUCAACCGAGUCUGAAUGGGACGGAUGAUGCCCCCGCCAUUAUAUCUGCAUUCGACACGUGCGGCAAAGAUGGAAAUGUGGUAUUUUUGAACCACACGUAUACCAUCAACAGUGUCAUGAACACUACAGGUCUCUCAAACUGCAACAUUGAUAUUUAUGGGACACUCCUCUGGUCCACGAAUAUCACAUACUGGCUGAACCACUCCAUGGCCUUUGGCUACCAGAACCAAACCUCAGCAUGGUGGCUCGGUGGCGAUAAUAUUAAUGUGAACGGAUAUGGAUAUGGAACUCUAGAUGGUAAUGGACAGGCUUGGUAUGAUUUCGUCAAGGGGAUUUCGAAUUAUCCAAACAGACCUCAUGCCCUUACGAUAUGGAGUACGACGAAUUCCGUCUUUCGGGGGUUGAGAUUUGUGCAGAGUCAGAUGUGGACCAUGACAAUCUUCAAAUCGGCCACCGUUCUUCUGCAAGAUAUCUACGUAAACAGUAGUUCCUCCUCCGGCUCCCCUGCACGCAAUACCGAUGGCGCAGACACUAUCUACAGCGACGACAUCCACUUUGAUCGCUGGACGGUGGUCAAUGGCGAUGAUAGUAUAUCCAUGAAAGCAAAUAGCACCAACAUCUUGGUUACUAAUUCUACUUUUUACAAUGGAUUGGGGGUGGCGAUAGGCAGUAUUGGACAGUACAAGGGGGUAUAUGAGACGGCGACGGGUAUUGUGUUUUACAAGACGUUGCAUGGAGACUAUGUGAAGACAUGGACGGGGGAACAGGUGGGGUAUCCGCCGAAUGGAGGGGGUGGAGGAUUGGGGCUUGCCAGAAACAUCACGUUUGAAAACUUCUCCUUCCAUUCCUUGAGGGGACCACCAUUUUCUAUCACACAAUGCACGACAUUCUCUGGUGUUGUAGGGAAUUGUUCUUCCUCAGCAUUCCAACUAAGCGACAUCAACAUAUACAACAUAUCCGGCAGCAUGACCAACCCCAUAACCAGCUACCAAUGCAGCCGCGUGGCCCCCUGUCAAAACAUCACCAUGCAAAAUAUCAACGUCAAAGAUGCGAAUGGGACGGCGGGGGCCGGAUACUCAAGAUUGAAGUCAACACGUGGACAAUACGAGGACCAAAUUGAGAAGGAUCCUAGCUGGCUCACUAAAGGCGUCACUGCCAAUCUCGAUACUCUUUUAGCUGCUUUUGGGGAGUGUGGUCCAAAGAGGCAUCGUGGUGGACUUGAAAAUCAAUAUAUCACCGCGGGUAUUGCUGAUCUUGCGGGUAUAAUCAGUAGGAAUGAAAGAGCAAAGCUGAUGCGAUUUGAGCGUUGA